GUAGACAGGGUAGAUAUUGUCCACCUGGAAUGGAUUUAGAAUGUCCCGAAGGAUUUUACUGCCCACCUGGACUUGGCAUGAUAGAGUGUCCACCUGGAGCAUAUUGUGAAUAUGGUGCUAGUGAAAUGCUUUACUGCCCACCUGGUACAUACUCCCAUGCGCGAUCUACCCACUGUUUGCCUUGCCCGGAAGGGACAUUCAACGGUAGAGAAUUUCAACCACAGUGCCUCCCUUGUGCUAGGGGCUACUACAGCCACGAAGGUGAAACACAAUAUCGACCGUCUGGACAUCUUUGCCGACCCGGGAACAGCUGUUAUCAAGGAAUACAAAGGCUGUGCCCAGCUGGCACGUUUCAACCAUAUCAGGGACAGAUUACAUGUUAUCCAUGUCCUAAAGGAUCUUUCUGCGCUGGGGAAGGACAAACAGGUAUUACUGGAGCAUGCAGACCAGGGUGGCACUGUGGCGAACAAUCAACCAAUCCACAACCAACUCCUUGCAGACCAGGACACUUUUGCCCUUACGGCUAUGAGAUACCUUGCGGACUCGGACUUUAUCAACCACAAGAAUAUCAGAGAGGCUGUAUCCCUUGUCCGCCAUCAUUCUAUUGCAGCGUAAAGGGAUCAACAGCAGUAACUGGCGCUUGUCAAACCGGUUGUUGCCUCUAUGGAUAUCAUGCCUCACCAAACGAUUGCGACCCUCCCAAUACUGAGUGUGCCAGAGGUCAAGUUGGGGGUACUUGCAAACCUUGUCCAGUCGGGAAAUAUUGUUCAUACAAGGAUAUUCCGGAAGAUCAAGCUCCAUCCUGUGAAGACGGGUAUUAUUGUGAUGGUGGAGAUACCUAUCCUAAUCCAAUGGAAAAAAUUUGCCCUGUUGGGCGUUAUUGUAUUAAGGGAAUUUCAAAGCUAUGUGCAGAGCACACUGAAUACCAGGAUGAGGUCGGCCAGGCCUUUUGUAAGCCUUGUCCAGCUGGGUCUAGCUGUAGAAGGGUGGGGAGAUAUACUUCCCUGUGCGUGGGGCAGAUGUGUGGAUGUGAUGAUGAGGGCUGUAUUAUUUUCCCUCCACAAAAUUGCCCAAAUUUGCAAUUCUGCCAUGAAGGACGGUCCUAUUUUUGUCCAUUUGGCUACCAGAGUGAUGGUGUUACCUGCGUUGCAUGUCCCCUUCACAGGGAAUGUACAAAAAGCGUUGACGUGGGCAAUUGCGUAAAUGGUUACUGGUGUGGAUGGAGUGGGCGAACAGCUGCUAGGCUUAGGGAACCUUGCCUUGAGAUUGAGAGGAAGGUCUGUGUAGAUGACAACUGGUAUUCGAUUGACUGCCUACCAUGCCCCGCCGGAGAGUACUGCCAAGGGAUUGGCCUGGUUACUCCCAGCGGGGUGUGUAGCCCUGGCUAUGUGUGUCCUGAGAGAUCAGAACAACCCCAGCCCUGUACAGCAGGCUAUUAUUGCCCUACAACAAGGAUGACAGAAUCUGAUUUAGUUCCCUGCCCUCCAGGCUUCUUUUGUCCGGAAGGUUCAUCCCAGCCAUCUCCAUGUGCACCAGGUACAUAUGCCCCUGGACAGAACCAUACAACAUGUAUCAUCUGUCCGGUUGGGUUUUACUGUAUAGAACAGGCUGUAACUAUGGUCCCUUGUCCGUGGAAAAUUUACUGCAAGCUGGGAAGUAGUGCUCCUGUUUGUGACUUACUGCCGCACGGAUCAGAGGGCACUAAUGUUUCCAUCAGUUCAUCAAAAGACAAGGGUCACCAGUACAUGACACGAACCACAGUGACUACUCUGAAGGCUGUAUGUGUUGACUGCCACCUCCCAGUUGUCUCCUACACAUGGAGUGUGCGACAUUGUUUACAAAGUCUCAGUAUGGAGGAGUGCCGGAACUGUGAUUUCCAUGUCCUUCAACAUAGCAGUAACUUGGACACAUUCACUCUUGACAGACCUGCGAAAAAUAUUGCGCAUUGGGACUACUUGGCUGUUUAUGUCACAGUUACAUUCAACGAUGGAAGCCAGAAUCGGGCUUAUCAGACCUGGAAGAGUAUUACGGUCGCUAAUGACACCCACUGCCACACAGUGCCAUAUUCAGGGCUGACUGUGGUGGAGCAAUUCGAUAUUCUGUGUGAUAAGUUGCCUGUCCUUGAUCCUGUCAUUGUUCAAUACAAACUGAGCAUCCUCACAGAUGGUAUAGAGGUGAUGGCAAAUAUUGGGAGCAGUUGUAAUAUGACGGACUUGGUGCUGAUGUCCGGUAAACCAGAGGAAGACUUCAUAUUGCAACUUCAUUACGCUGUUACAUAUUACGGCGACGUUGUGUGGGAAACACGCUUUCAAGCACAGGUGAAGGAUCCACCCGCGUUAACUGAAGAAAUGGUUCACAAGAUAGAUGAUGUCACAAACGAAUUGUCUUUUAAUGAUUCAGACUCAUUGUACAAGUCACUACAUAAAUUAACAAGCUGUGUACAUAUGAUAAAUCUGGAUGAGGCACCUGAUCCUUCAGGUCAACCUAAACAUACAAUACAAACUGCAGAGGUACGCGGCCAUGUAAUCAACAAGCUGAGUGAGAUAGAUGCAAAGGAUGCACAGAUAGUAAAUGCUCUCAGUCUUACACUCAGCACAGUCGUUAAAAAACCAGACCAAAUCACCAGUAAGGCAAAGACCCAAUCUGUAUCUAUAUACAGCAAACUGGUGAAGGCUUACAAGAAUUCAUCUGCUGAGGUCACACAAACAGAUCUUGCUGUCACAGCUAGGUACUAA